AUGGGGGCAGCCCACGCGAAAGAAGGCAGCGGAGGGUACCGCAUCGUGCGGAUUUGCCCCGAGGGGCCCGCGUCCGAGUGCGACGUGGAGAUCUUCUUCGACUACAUUGUGCAGAUAGAAGACGUGAAGCUGCUGGACUCCUCCAGGAAGACCUAUGAGUCGUUUAUGCAGAAGGUGAGAGAGGGAGAAGGCAAAGAGGUGCGUCUGCUAGUGUACAGCUCUCGAUAUGAUAAACUGAAAGAGGUGCAUGUGAGGCCGAGGAGGUGGAGAGGAAAGGGGUUACUAGGAAUGAACAUAAGCUACGAAACGGCAAAUGCCAUGAAAGAAGGAGUUGAAAUUGCAAACGUUGAGGAUGUGUACGUAGACGUUAGAAGUAAAGUCACAGAAAAGGAGGACCUAAUCAUCGGGCAUGAGGAGAAUAUCCUUCGAAAUUGUGAUGAGCUUCGCACCUUUGUGGAGGCCAGCCUGUUUAGCUACCAUAGAGAAAGGAGGAGGUCUCCGCUGGAGCUGUCCUUUUAUCUGUACAAUAGGAGGAGGGGAGAUGUGAGGAGCGUCAAACUGCAGGUGGACCCCGCGUGGGGAAGGCACGGACUGCUCGGGUGCCACCUGCGUGAUGUGGACCGCGAAGUGAACCGUGCAGUGAACCGUGCAGUGAACCGCGAAAUGAACCGCGAAAUGACGAGAGAGGAGACCCCAUACGAGCACGUCAACACUGCUGAGUGGGCUACGGACUUCCCCGUUGAGUCAAUCGAACGGGGUGCAGAUCCAUCCGUGGGAAGUGGCCACAUCAGAUUUGGCCGCAAAGAAACGAACGGAGAGGAGGCGGAGGAGGGAGACCCAGAGCGCCCGGAUUAUGGCAGGUUCAAUACGCAUUAUUUUGGAAACGGCAGUGGUGCGGGCAAGUUGGGCAGCUCGCUGGGCAACGCGGCGGGGGGUGUGCAGGGUCACAGGGUGGGCGGCACGAAGAGCUACACUUUGAGUUCCACGAUAGAGGUUGAGGAAGUGGUUGCGGAUGGGGAUGCGGUUGAGGAAGCGGUUGCGGAUGAGGAAGCGGUUGCGGAUGAGGAAGCGGUUGCGGAUGAGGAAGCGGUUGCGGAUGAGGAAGCGGUUGCGGAUGAGGAAGCGGUUGCGGAUGAGGAAGCGGUUGCGGAUGAGGAUGCGGUUGCGGAUGAGGAUGCGGUUGCGGAUGAGGAUGCGGUUGAAGCUGCUGGGUGCGCGGAGGGGAACCCGGGCGUGAGUGCAGACGGCGCCCUUUCUGAUGCGUCCUCGGGGGGGGAGAAGUGGCAGGGGGAGACGCGGCGGGGGAGGCACACCUUGCAGAGUGUGCCCACCUCGCAGGAACAGCCACCCCCAGAAGAGCGAGACACACCCGCAGACAGGUACGAAAGGUACGUGCAGAAUAUAAAAACGUAUAGCAAAGAAAUGCUAGAGAUUUACAAAAGCAUGAGUGAAAAUGAGAGACUUUUGGAGGAGCUGAAGUUACGGACGAUGAGGAACUUUGCCAUGGGGGGGAAGUUGGUUGGUGGCGAAUGUGCCUACCUCGGUGGAGAGGUGAGCGCUCCUGUGGAGGGGGUCCCAGGCUCGACCCUCCCGGAAGGGGGCUCAAAUGGGAGAAGCGAAAUGGGUGACGUGGAAAUGGGUGGAGGGUAUCCUAAUGUAGGGUAUCCUAAUGUAGAGGGGUGGUCUCCUAAUGCAGGGGGGUGGUCUCCUAAUGUAGAGGGGUGGUCUCCUAAUGCAGAGGGGUGGUCUCCUAAUGUAGGGGGUUGA